GAUGACCACGGAAAUUGAUAAAGACAAAGCAGUGACAGUGAUAAGUGCACCGAAAAAGAUGAACGCCAGCACGAGCGAAAAGGACACGGACCGGGAGCGCCGCGAGAAGGAGCAAACCACCGGAGCAGAGUCCAUCAAAGCGGGGGCGGCGCAGGUCAGCAAAGCGGCGACUGUCGGGGUGGAAGAUGGCACCGCCGUGACCGUCCCGCAGAUAGCGAGCGAUGGCCCCGGUAAGAGUGGAGGUAAGGAAAACAACAUCGUUGCUGCCAGCAGCGGGAGCGGCGGUGGAGGCACGUCGGCCGCGAGUGCCGCGGGGACGAGUGGAACGAGCAAGGCCGCCGUACAGCCCUCGCAUGCUCACCUAACGCAUACGGCCCUGAACCAGGAUGCACCGAACAUUUUAGUCUAUAAAAAGAUGGAAGCAAUCGUCGAGCGGAUGCAGGGUGAAGAAGGGGGCGUCUCGGUGCGCACGAUAAAGGCGUUCAUGAGCAAAGUACCGUCCGUAUUCACCGGUGCCGAUCUGAUAUCGUGGAUAAUGAAAAAUCUCAGCAUAGAGGACGUGAACGAGGCACUCCAUUUGGCACACCUUUUGGCUUCGCACGGGUACCUUUUCCCCAUCGACGACCAUCAGCUGACGGUUCGCAACGAUGGCACCUUCUACCGUUUCCAGACGCCCUACUUCUGGCCUUCGAACUGCUGGGAGCCCGAAAACACUGACUACGCCGUCUAUCUGUGCAAGCGCACCAUGCAGAACAAGACGCGGCUCGAGCUGGCCGACUACGAGGCGGAAAAUUUGGCCAAAUUGCAAAAGAUGUUCUCGCGCAAAUGGGAGUUUAUCUUUAUGCAGGCCGAAGCGCAGAGCAAGGUGGACAAGAAGCGCGACAAGCUCGAACGCAAGGUGCUUGACUCGCAGGAGCGCGCCUUCUGGGACGUUCACCGUCCGGUGCCGGGUUGCGUCAACACGACCGAGGUGGACAUCAAAAAGGCGUACCGACGGGGCGCGUCCACGCUGGGGUCCGGAUCUUCCGGCACCGCCGGCAACAGCAACCCGAUUGAGCAGCUUACACGCCAGAUCAAGCUGCUCAAGUUGAAGCUCGAGCGGCGUACGAUUAAAAUCUCCAAAGUGGCCGAAUCCUACAUUUCCUACUUUGAACAGUACAACGAGUACGACAGCUUUUUGACGCCGCCCGAUCAACCGAACCCCUGGAUUACUGAUAACACCGAAAUAUGGGACGCUGACCGCACUGCCAAGGACGUAUCGCUGAAGCGUGUCAAGCGGUGGGGAUUCAGCUUACGGGAGCUGUUGAACGAUCCCGUCGGCCGGGAGCAGUUUUCCAAGUUCUUGGACAAGGAGUUUAGUGGCGAAAACUUAAAGUUCUGGGAGUCGGUGCAGAGCAUGAAAGCCCAGCCGCAGUCAAAGGUGAAAGAAGCGGCACACGCAAUCUAUCUGGAGUUUCUUGCACCGGACGCAGCCUGCCCGGUGAACGUUGAUUCCAAGUCGAUGGAACUGGCACGGGAAGCGGUCAGCAGCGCAGCACCACCUAACCGCUGGUGUUUCGAUGUGGCCGCCGCCCAUGUGUAUCAUCUGAUGAAGAGUGACUCCUACUCACGAUACCUGCGCUCCGACAUGUACAAGGAGUACCUGAACGGGUCGAAGAAAAAAAUCAAAUCCAUACCGAACCUGUUCGGUGUGAAACGUUAAAGAAGAACCCGACCCGAUGCGGAUGCGGUAGGGAGUACUGAGAGUUUUAAUAGCCGAAUGUAGCUAGUUCGUGCACUGGCGGGUUUGGUGGCGACACGAUUGUCGUGCGAGAGUGUUAUGUUUCCGUUCCGAAAGGGGAUUCGGCGGAACUGUUCAUAGAACGAUUGUUUUAGUCACGAGCCAUAAUUAGCUAUAGAUCAAACGUAUUGCGCGUGUGUAUCGGUGUGUUAAAGUUGUGCCAUUUUCAUCGUGUUGCGCAUUCGCCGCAAACCCAACCAAACCGCAACCUAACCAAAGGCAAACCAAACUAAUGGAAUUGUUGAUGAAUUGCAUCGUACAUUUUCGUGAAAAACUCGGCACACGAUCGAUCAGCCCGGAGUUCGAUCGAUUUGGUUGUAAAAGUCAGCCGGUUACGUAGGCCACCAGAAAAUGUAGCGUAUCACCAUUACGUUGGAUAUAUUCAUAGUCAAAGUUAGUGAGAUCCUUUGCCAACAGCUCGCAACACCAUAGAGCAUUGUUAAAAAUAGGAUGGGAAACCCGGAAGCCGUUAGAAAUAUAUAUAUAUAUACAAUUAACGUAAGGUAAUGAAAACGCAACAACAAGACAAGAGCAAAUAUUAUAAUUAUAUUAUUAUAUACAGAAAUAUACACACACCGCACCGGCCAGUGCGGGUGCGAGUGACGAAGGAAACGACGAAACCAAGGCACAAAUAAUCGUAAGACAUCCACAAACCGUACUGUAAGCAUUCCCAGCAUUCGAUCGAUGAGACAAACAAGAAAAGAGAACUUCCGGUUUGCUGUCCGCUGCAGGGGAGUGGUUGUUUACAGUGGGGGAAGAAACAUAAGUGAGAAAUAAUAAUAG